AUGGCACAGGUCGGAGAAAGGAGCCUGGACUCGACAACAUUUCACCUGAGCCAGGCGCUAUCUGGCCAUGGAUGCUUUGGCAAGUACCUGCACUUCAUCGCGAAGAAGGAGGAUGAAAGGUGCUGGUACUGCGUGGAGGACGAUAGCUCUGAGCACACGCUAUUUAGGUGCUGCAGAUGGGUUGGAAGGAAGCACAGGGCGGAGGCAGAAUUGGGAGUUCUGCUAGAGCCUGAAAAUAUUGUCGGUGAAAUGUUGAGGAGUGUGGAUAGCUGGAAUGUUGUAGCGGCGUACAUAACGGAGGUGCUGCUAAGCAAGGAAGAAUACGAGCAGAGGGCCUACGAGGAUAGUGGCAGUGGAAGCCAGCAUUAUUAG